AAUCUUCCCCUUAGUUCAACAUGGGUAAUAGCAGCGGUAUACCAUCGACAUCUGACUAUGCGCCGUUUAUUGUAAAUGGUACAAAUCUCGACCCUAGUGUUCGAGAAAACACCGGAUUAGUCUCUGGUAUAAUGUUUGCAUCUGGAGUUUUAGGAAACAUGUUAGCUCUCAUAGUGUUGAUUCAUUCUGCAUCGGAACAUAAAAAGACAAUAUUUUAUCGUCUUGUAGCUGGAUUAACAGUAACAGAUUUAGUUGGGACAUCGUUAACGUCACCAGUGGUAAUUGCAGUGUAUGUAAAUGAUAAUCAAUGGAUAGGUGGAAAGACCAUGUGUAACUAUUUUGGCUAUGUUAUGAUAUUUUCUGGUUAUGCUACCAUGUUAAUUAUUUGCAGUAUGUCCGUUGAACGUGUUCUUUGCAUUAGAUAUCCAUGUUUUUAUCGAGCACGAUCAUCAUCUACGCAUGCGACAGUGAUACUAACGGUUUGUUGGGCUUUAGCGUCAUUCAUUGCAUCAUUUCCAUUUAUAGGAUUCGGAAAGACGGUGCUACAGUAUCCAUACACGUGGUGUUUCUUUGAUUAUUACAACACUAAUCCGGUGAAUAAAGCUUUUAACUAUUUCUAUGCGAUUUUUGCCAUUUUAAUAAUAUCAAUAACGACUUGUUUCAACCUGACAGCGUUAUGUACAUUAUUGAAUAGAUGUCGUAGGAAUAAUGUUUUAAAGGGAUGUAGACAAAGUUUUAGGAAAUGUAGCAAAUCUCACAAAUACACUGAAUGUCAAAUGUUGUCUCAACUUGCAGGGAUAACUGUAGUAUUUAGUACCUGUUACAUACCUCUCAUGAUAAAGAUUCUGAUUAAUCAAAAUGAAACAUAUCUCCGAAACGUUGGGUCAGAUUUCACGGUUAUCCGGAUUGCAUCUGUCAACCAAAUAUUGGAUCCAUGGGUUUAUAUUUUAUUAAGAAGAGAACUUUUAUGGAAAGUUGUUAGGUUUUGUAAAAAGCGUGACAGUAAUGACACCAUACCAUCAGUUAUUCAGAAAGCAUCGAGGAGUCACAUAUAUGAACAAUCGUUUUGUUCGUUCUGUUUUCAUUGCUUAUGUGAUCCUCCUGUAAGUCUGAACAAUAUGGACUCCAAACGUUCAAUGUCUGAUCUACGACUAUCAGCAAUUACAUCAGUGACGCCACCUGGUGUAAAAAGAGCAAUUCUCAAACUUGUUUCUGAAGACGCAAUUAACACCUCUAAUUAUUUAAUAGACAGAAGUUGAUAAGGUCAAAUUCUUUACUGAGCUACGUGUAAUUCUACUCUUAUGUCCUUAUUUUGAAAAACAAACAAACGUAAAAACAUGUGAUAUAGUAAAUCAUUAUGGAGGUACCGGUUUUUUUACAAAUUUUAUGUAACAGGGGAGUGUGAAUGUGAUAACUAAUGGCAGCCACUAUCAAAAUAAAACCAAAUAAAAUGCAAAAACAUUGACAUUGAAUAUGUAUGGAAUUUCGGAGUUUUUGUUAUAGAGAUAAGACAAUGAAGUUUAUCAAUUUUGUACUUGUUUAUCUAUAUUAAUCAUUGUUAAUUAUUACAGUCUUUGUUGUUCAGGUACGUUUAUUACGUGCCUUUUCCUCUUUUGCUUCCAAAUUAAA